UGUACUGAUAAUUGUUUAUUAUUGAACACGGGGCAAGGGCAAUCAAUCAUCAUCAUCACCAUCAGUUCCCCGAGUCUCCUGAGUCCUGACUCAUAAAUUAGGGUUAGGGUUAGGGUUGCGCUUGACGGAGAGAGAGAGAGAGAGAGAGAGAGAGAGAGAGGGCAACAUGACAGGGAAGGCGAAGCCGAAGAAGCACACGGCGAAGGAAAUCGCUUCGAAAAUCGACGCGGCCACUACCAAUCGCGGCGGCGGCAAGGCUGGGCAGUCGGAUCGAUCUGGACAAGAGAAGGGCGGGCACUCCAAGCUGGAGUGCCCUCUCUGCAAGAUCACCGUGCCUGACGUCAAGUCGAUGCAGAUCCAUCACGAAGCUCGCCAUCCCAAGAUCCCUUUCGAUGAGUCCAAAGUCGUGGACCUCCAUGCCGUCCGUGUUGUUGAUUCAGCAAAGUCCCGGCCUGGCGUCCGCGGCAGCUUCAAGAAGUAGUUGCUUUCCUCCUUUACCUUUAGUCCGCCACCCUUGAUCCGAUUGUCGCCAUAUAUGUAUGUCUAUCUACAUAGGUAUGACAUGGCAAUGCAAUGCCUUGCUCUUCAUUAUGCGUCGCUAGCCGGCUUCUUGAUCUAUUACGCUUGCGCCUAGUAUGUAAGAUUUGGUUCGCCUUACUGCUGUGUUCUGCUAUAUGUCAUGAGUUUCUGGGAUAUGGACCUAUCAAUACUGCUUAUCUCUAUUAUCAUCCUUCAUGUUCCAUGUUAAGCUUUAUGUCCUGAAAUAAUUGCUGCUUCUUUUAGGUCU